ACUAUCGUCUCUUGGAUGUUAAAACCUGUUUGGAUCUCUGAUCUGGGGCGAGAAACAGCUGGCCUGGCCGUGGGGGCAUGGAGAACCGUGCACAGGGCAUCUGGAAGAUGCCAAAGAGUAUCAGAAAGGCUGGGCUGGGCUGAGUCCGCCUUUUGGCCAGGGCCAAGCCAGAGGCUGCAAGUGAAUAGCUCUAUAGGAGACGAUCACGUGGCAGGGCGGGAGCCAGUCCGCUUUCUCCAAGGGUACCCUCAGCCUCAGCUCUGCCAGACGACCAGCAGUCUCGCUGCCCAGAGUCCGGGAGGCGCACGGGACUCCUGGGCCAACCUCACCAAGCUGCGGGGACCUGUGAGAAAGAAACCAUCACACGGGACAAGAGCUGAGUUAGCCACCACCUCCUACUCCGCACCUCCAUUCUUUAGUUGCUGGAACAGCAACAGCAGCAGUGACAGUGGCAGCAGCAACAGCAGCGAAGGUAGCUGUGAAGGCAGCAGCGGCGGCGGAGUGGACAGCGAAAAUCGCAGCCAUACAAGCAGAAGCAACAGCAUGGAUCUUUCAUUUAUGGCAGCGCAGAUUCCUGUUAUGGGAGGAGCUUUUAUGGAUUCACCAAAUGAAGACUUCAGUACUGAAUACUCCUUGUUCAAUUCAUCGGCCAAUGUCCACACAGCCACUUCAGGACCAAACCAACUGGAAGAGCCACCUCGUUCUUCCAAUGAUGCCAUCUUAUUAUGGAUUGCCAUAAUAGCCACCAUUGGGAACAUUGUGGUGGUGGGUGUUGUCUAUGCCUUCACCUUCUGAGCAAAACAAAUUAAGCAUCUGGUGAGCAUGAGUCCUGACCCUGCUAAAUGGAAAGAGUGCCAGUUGUCAUAUGUGUAGCAUAAUCCUGCUGGCAUGGACAGCCAGUAAUUAUGUGUGAUUCUUGACCUUAUUCUCAUAGAUAGAAUUAGGCCAUGCUGUGCCAAGAUAUUGAUUGUCUCAUCUUUUAGUUCUUACCAAGAUCUGGAAAUGAAAGUCAACAAAUAAGACCAGGUUCCAGUUUUUUUACAUAAUCCUUUCAAAGCCUGAUGAUAGAAAAUCAGGAGACUAAAAUGAGUAUUAUUUGGUUUGGACAGACAACUGCUAUGCCUUCUAGAAUCUCAAGGUUCAUUUGGAAAACUAGGGAAAGCUAAUUAACUUUUAUUUUUUCCUACUUUUCCCCCUUUCCAGCUGGAUUUUUUAUUCUUUUUAAUGGAUGGAGAAGAGAAGGUACUUAAAAAAUGAGAUCUGCUAACCAAGAAAACUAAAGCUAUACAAUAUUCACAUGCUAAUAUUUUUAUGAUAGAAAUAAUCUCCCUCUGAAAUUUAGAGAUUGUUGUACCCACAUACUACAUUAGAUUUGACGUGGUCCAGACUCUUCAUUUUCCAGAUUAGAAAAGUGAAGCUCAUAUAGGUAUUGCCUGUGCUCUCAUAGCUAAUCAGCAGUCAGAGAAAGCACCCAGGUUUCCUGGUUCCUCAGCCAUUGGUCUUUCUAUUCUCUAGUUUCUUUUUUAGGAAAAGAGAAACUAUCAUUGAUGAGCUGAUUUAAAGAUAUAAUAGAACAGACAGCCCCACUGGUUACAUUUCAGAGUUUAAAAUGAUCAUAAUAUGAUUUGAUAUAUUUUGAAUAUACUUUUGCACAUCAUUUUAUUCCCAUCUUCCCUUUGCAAUCAUGCUUGAUAAGGACACUCCUGAAUAAAAGAGCAGGUUAAAAAUUGUUGAGGGAAGAAUUUCUCUGAUUCAUAUUUAAAUGAAUGAGUCCUUUUCCUUGCAAAGAAAUGUUGCUGCCCCAACAGCCUUAUUAUGGGAAAUGAAGAAUGAAAGGGGAGGUGAAUCUCUUUCCAGGAAUUUAAGAGUUCUUUCUCUUCUAGGGAGGGGCUACAAUAUGUCUAAAAGGUGUGGGUAUAUUACCUUUAGGGCUGGUAAUUAUUGUUACAGAAAGUUUAAAUUUUCCCAGUCCAUCAUCUAGGGGAAUGAAUGAUUUUUAAGAAAAAAGAACAGGCUAAUUUUCUGAAUGACACCAUUAAGAGAUUGCUGCUGAGAAACUAUGGCAACAGAAUUAUCAGUCUGACUUCUGACUGUAUCUGCAGAUUUAACUCCAAAAGGAAAUUGGCUAUAUCUCUUUCUAACAGUUGGACAUUCAGGACUGUGAACGUUCAAAUGGACAUGUCUGAAACAUGACUCAUAUUGUAUGAAGAAAGAAGAUUCGGUAGGCCAGUUGGGACACCAGCUUUAUACAGCUAUGGCUGUGCAACAUUCUCUGGAUUUAUGAGUUGACAAUAUUUUCUUAUUUUUUUAAAGAUUAUUUUGGGACUAUCCACUUCUAUAGUGGAAGACUUUCCUGACUACUGAAGCCUUUUUUCAGAGAUUAUUUAACUGAUUAGAUAUUAAAUAUCUCCUAUAUAUUAGGCACUGUACUAGAUACUUUGAAUGCAAAGACAAAAAAAUAUAUACCAUUUUUAAAAAACCUUGAAAUCUGCAGCCCCAGAGAGAUGGUACAAAUUGCUAAUGCCUUGGUGAAACAGUGUCUUAUGUGAAACCUCUAUGGAAUCUGUAAAUGUUUGUCAUUAGCUUGAUUUCCCAUCCCUAAGAUCAUAGAAUCUUAGAGCUGGAAAGAGUUGGAGAGCCUAUCUAAUUCAACUCCCAUCCAAGACAUGAAUCUCAUUUACAUAAUCAUUUACAUAAAUUACAAGUGAUUUUCUAGUGAGCAGGCAGAACAAUCUGCUAUAAUUCCAUCAGGCCUGAAGGUCUCUUGCAGUGCAAACUGGGUGGGAGAAAGGGGAAUUAGGUAAGGAAGAAGAAAAAAGAGAGAAGGAAGCAAUAUGUAACUUACAAACUUUGAAAAAUAACUUGACAAUUAAACAACAUUCCCUUAAUUAUGGUUUUCUAUUUUCUUAGUCUCUUCUAGGUAUUGAGGAUCCCUAGGAUUUGGGGAACAGAUAUCAAUGAAAUUUAAUUCCAUAUUUAUGUUCCUACUAUUUUCAAAUUCAUAUUUAACUCCUUUUAAUUCCUCAAGUAGAUAGAAAAAAUAAACAUGGUAGUUGUAUAAUACAAUAGUAAUAAUUAUA